GCAGUGACUGACAGGGGGUGAGCCUGAGUCAUUGGCUCAUCUGAAAAUGAUUUACUCAGUACAGUACUGCUUUAAAGCCAUCAAUGAUUUGAGUAGCCAAAAUGACGUAAAGGGAUAAUCUCAGGAUACUGCAGUUGCAUCAUGGGAGAGCCACAGCUGAGCUUUGUGCGACUGUGUGUACAGUAAACUAGCAUGAAAGAGAGGUACAAAAGAGAACCAUCCCUACUGAUGCUGAACAUUGCCAUAAGACAUCUGAAGGAAGUCCUGGGAAAGCCUUAAUCAGACUACAAACUGACAAUAUUUGUAUUGAUUCGUGAAUUUUCUUAUAACACUGACCUGUAUAACAUGCAGUGGAGACUUUUUUUAUUACCACAACUGAGGUGUAUCCAUUUAAAAAAAAGUAUUUCUGGCCACAUGAAAUAAUGAAUUUCAGUCAACCCGGAAUGAGUGAACAUUCAGACUUCUGUUACGAGUCUUUGAAUGGAUCUUGCCCGAAAUUCACCUAUCCAACAGUGAUACGGAUUCCAUUGUAUAUUUUCUUCAUGACCAUCAUUGUUUUAACCAUUUGUGGAAACCUCCUUGUCAUCAUUUCCAUCGCUCACUUCAAACAGCUGCACACUCCAACCAACUGCCUUGUCCUCUCUCUGGCAGUGACUGACUUCCUUCUGGCAGUAGUCAUCAUGCCACCUAGCAUGGUGCGAACGAUUGAGACGUGCUGGUACUUUGGAGAUGUGGUCUGCAAACUCCAUUCAAGUACGGAUGUAAUGCUAUCCAAUGUGUCCAUUUUAAAUCUUUCUUUUAUUUCUAUUGAUCGAUAUUAUGCAGUUUGCCAGCCCCUCCACUACAGGACCAAGAUCACAAGUGUUACUAUAGUGAUCAUGAUCCUGAUCAGUUGGAACCUGUCGUUCAUAAUUGGGUUUGGAAUGAUAUUUAUGAAACUGAACAUUUUGGGUAUUGAAGAUUUUUACGAUAAUAACUUUCAUUGUUUUGGAGGCUGUUUCAUUUUCCAGAGCAAGACAUCAGCAAUAAUAGCUUCAGUUCUAUCUUUUUACAUACCAGGGUUCAUUAUGAUCAGUAUCUAUCAGAAAAUUUUCCACAUUGCACUGAAGCAAGCACGCUCAAUUCACAGCACUGCAUGUCAGCAGAUACAAACUGGAAACAGCACAUCUAUAAGCAAGAUGGAGCGAAAGGCUACAAAGACUCUGGCCAUUGUUCUGGGUGUAUUUUUGUCAUGCUGGUCACCCUUUUUUGUAUGUAACAUAAUUGAUCCAAUCAUUAAUUAUUCUGUUCCACCUGGUUUGUUUGACGCACUUGUCUGGAUUGGCUAUUUAAACUCAACAAGUAAUCCUAUUGUUUAUGCUUUCUUUUACAGUUGGUUUAGAAAAGCAUUCAAAAUGAUCAUUUCUGGCAAAAUAUUUCAAGCUCAUUCCUCAAGGGCAAAACUGUCCACAGAAUGACAAGCUCCUGCAUUGACUUUAAUUUGAAUAUUUCAACUUGACUUCAAUAAUUAAUUAAAUAAUGGGAAGUGAAGGAGAUGCAGAUGUAUAGCAUCAUUUAAAAAGUAUAGCUCUUACAUUUAUAAAUAUGCAAAAACAGUGUUUCAUUUAAAAAUGAAAUUAUGAGAAGCAAUAUUAGAGUUCUGUAACAGACCUACUUUCAGUGGUAAAGAAACACAAAAAGUUCACACUUGCUUCAUUAAGGUUUUACCAUUAUACAAGUGUAAGGUUUUACAUGCAAUAGUGAAAGAAUUAGGCAAAAAGAAACUGCAGCUUAUGAGACCUAUACAGAAUGUACCUGGGUGUCAUGUUUUGUGCAAGCUACAUUUCAAUUGGAAAAUUUGGAGAUUUGGAGACUGAGAUGUGGAAACUGUAAUGAGUUUCCUCCAUGAAUUA